UUUCGUAAGCGUAUCUGAGGCAGAGAUUGAGGCCGCGCGCCGCCGUGUCAAACGUUGGCGCGAGGGAGGGAAGGCAGGGAUCUUGGCGUUCUUUUUUAACGGCUCAAGCGCGGUAGCCACUGGUUACGGGCAUUGUGUGUGUUUAGUUAGGCCGCGGUGUUUCUUCACGGCGUUUCACGUUGGAAGUGUCUGAAUAAAUGUCAUUUUCACGAGUGUUACAGUGUAAAAUAACUGGCGAGGGAGGGUGGGAAGGAGGGGGAACAUUGAGGAAACAUUGUCCUCAUUGGUUGCACGUUGCUUGUGUUUUGGAUCGUUAGGAAGCUAAUAACAUCCGCUUGGUUGCAGGAGCUUUUCAGGAAUACUCAGUAGGAAGAUGUUCAGCCUGCUUUUCUUGCUGUAGUGAAGGAUCUGUUCUGGACCACAGGUGUCAGCAGCGCUAGGAGGAACAGCGAGGAAGAGCGACUGGAUUUUUGAUAGACUUUCUCACAUCUUUAUUUUCCAAAGGGAGGAAAAUCUACCUGCAUGAGUGUCCAAAGGCCCUUCCACAGUAUUCUACCAUGAUGCUCCAUGUAAACGGAUAACACUACAUAACAUUAAGGAUUCUAUCUGAGUGAAUUUUUUUAAGGCACCCAAAACUCUUGUCUGCUUGCCUGUUGCAUACCACCCCACUUUGCUUUGGUGUGGCCACCCUUCAGCCAGAAGGGGAACUGGGUUAGGGGAAUCCGUUUUAGGUUGGGGGGGAUAUAGGGAGCCUAUGCUAUGGUGAUCGGCUCCCUUUCUAAAAGCUCCUGCUCAGGCACAGAGAGACUUACUACACCUCCCCGGGACAAAGGAUAGCCUCCUGGAAGGAGAAUAAGGAGGAGGAGGGCGGCGAGGACAAGGCAGCGCCAGGGCUGAGGCCACUGGGUGCUUCCUAACGGUUGUAAGAGUGUUUUGGGCCGUGGCCCAACGGUAUUGAAGCAGCCAUGGUGAAGCUGGCCAACCCGUUGUAUACCACCUGGAUCUUGGAAGCCAUAAAAAAGGUAAAAAAGCAAAAGCAGCGGCCGUCCGAAGAACGUAUCUGCAAUGCUGUGUCAAUGUCCCACGGGCUUGACCGCAAGACGGUCUUGGAGCACCUUGAACUCAGUGUUAAAGAUGGGUCUAUACUCAAGGUGUCCAACAAGGGGCUCAACUCCUACAAGGACCCGGAAAACCCUGGGCGUAUAGCGUUCCAAAAGCCCAAAACAGGGGGAGGAGGAGGAGGAGGAGGAGGAGGAGGAAGUUCCAGCACCACCUCUAGCUCUUCCAAAAAAGCUGGCCUGGACUGGAACAAACUGAUCAAGCGCUCUCUAGAGGGACUUCACGAACCCGGUGGAUCGACUCUGAAAAGCAUCGAGCGCUUUUUGAAAUGUCAGGCAGAUGUUGCGUGUUACCUGUCGGGCAGCGGCUCUAUGGGGCCGGGCCUGUUCCACCAGCAGCUCCGGGUGGCUCUGAAGCGGGCUGUUGCUCAUGGACGUGUGGUAAAACAAGGUCCGCUCUUCUGCUUGGUAAGCAGGAGUUCUCAUAACGACGGGACGGGCAUCGUAUCCCUAAAUUCUCUGCCUCCAGUGCGUCUGCUACCCCACGAACAAGAUCGGCCUGUGGCAGAGCCCAUACCUAUCUGUAGCUUCUGUUUGGGGACCAAGGAACAAAACCGCGACAAGAUGCCAGAAGACCUCAUCUCCUGCGCAGACUGUGGCAACAGCGGUCACCCGUCCUGUCUGAAGUUUUCUCCAGAGCUCGCAGUAAGGGUCAAAGCUCUGUGGUGGCAGUGCAUCGAGUGCAAGACCUGCAGCAACUGUCAGGACCAAGGGAAAAAUGCUGAGAACAUGUUGUUUUGUGACUCAUGUGAUCGAGGUUUUCACAUGGAGUGUUGUGACCCUCCACUCAUGCGAAUGCCAAAAGGCAUGUGGAUCUGUCAGAUCUGUCGGCCGAGGAAAAAGGGAAGAAAGCUCUUACAUGAAAAAGCAGCACAAAUCAAACGGCGAUACAAUGCACCACUCGGGCGGCCGAAGGGCAGACCGGGUCGUCCAUUUAAAAAGCUUCGAGGUGGUGGGCGGGGCAGAAGGCGGCGGGGUGCCGGAGGUUUGGACCAGUGCUCGCAAGGGUCUUCCUCUCCACACUCUUCCUCGAGCUCUUCGUGCGAAGGUUACCCCGGUGACGACCGCAUGCUCUUCUCCCUCCACGACGACGAUUCUGCACAGGGCGGCCUGCGCUUUAACAAAAAGACAAAGGGUCUGAUCGACGCCCUCAGUAAGUUCUUCACGCCAUCCCCGGAUGGACGAAAAGCCCGCACAGAGGUUGUGGACUAUUCCCAGCAAUACCGUAUCCGCAAGAAAAGCAAACGCAUGGGCGAGCAGGAUGACACGACAGACAAUCAGGAGUGUGGAGACGGAUGGCGGGAGGAUGAAGACAAGCUUCCAGGACACGAGAACCUAACCGAGCAAGACGUUGAGCUCUUCAGACGCAUACAGGAACUUGCACUACAGAAAGUUGGCGUGACUGGACCACCUGACCCUCAGAUGCGCUGUCCAUCAGUCAUAGAGUUUGGGAAGUAUGAAAUACAGACGUGGUACUCUUCUCCAUAUCCACAGGAGUACAGCAGGCUCCCUAAGCUCUACCUGUGUGAGUUCUGUCUGCGCUACAUGAAGAGCCGUGGCAUUCUCUACCAGCACAUGCGAAAGUGCAAGUGGUUCCACCCGCCUGCCAACGAGAUCUACAGGAAGGACGACGUGUCCGUGUUUGAGGUCGAUGGAAAUGUCAGCACAAUAUACUGUCAGAAUCUGUGCCUGCUGGCCAAGCUUUUCUUGGACCAUAAAACGUUGUACUACGAUGUGGAGCCCUUUCUUUUCUAUGUGCUCACACAGAAUGACAGUAAGGGCUGCCAUCUUGUGGGAUACUUUUCAAAGGAGAAACAUUGUCAACAGAAAUAUAACGUUUCCUGCAUCAUGAUUCUUCCACAAUAUCAGCGCAGGGGCUAUGGCCGAUUCCUUAUUGACUUCAGUUAUCUGCUGUCAAAGAGGGAAGGCCAGCCAGGCUCACCGGAGAAACCAUUGUCGGACCUUGGCCGACUGUCCUACAUGGCAUACUGGCGUAGUGUGGUGCUGGAGUGCAUGCAUGACAUUAGAGACCGACAGCUCACCAUCCGUAGACUCAGCAAAAUCACUGGCAUUUGCCCUCAAGAUAUCACAGCCACCCUACUUCAUCUAAACAUGCUGCAACAGAAAGGGGACCGGCUGGUGGUUCUGCGCAGGGAGAAGCUGGUGUCCAAUCAUAUGGCCCGACUGAAAGCCAAACCUCGGCAACUUGAAGUCGAUCCUGAUUGCUUACGAUGGACGCCAGUUAUUGUCACCAACACAGUGGUUUCUGAGGGAGAAGAAGAUGAGGAGGAAGAGGAGGAGGAGGAAGAGGAAGAAGAGGGGGAAAUCAAAGAGAUCAAACCAAGCCACAAAAGUUCCCCACACCCUUGGCAUGUGCAAAAGAUGGAAAAGGAGGAGGAUGAGAAAAAAAGCUUUCCUUCGUUCCAUAAAAGCCAAAGCUCUCCCCAAUCAUCCUCUGUUUGCAACAGUGUUGUUAGUCCUGAACGUCCUUCGGUUUUUCUGCCAGCUAACGGAGAGCGCAGGAGACCUGGACGUCCUCCCAAAAACUGGCUAUGGGGCAAGGUAAAGGAUAGACCACGUCCAGGGCCAGGUCGACCCCGCAAAGUAAGGCCACCAGAAGAUGAAGACGACGAUGAUGAUGAUGAUGAUGAUGGUGAUGAUGAAAGAACUGGCAUUAAUAAAGUGACAACAACGUCAUCACACUUGACCUUAGAAGAUGAGCCUGACUCCACAUCAACACUUCCCAUGGAAACUUUAAGGCAUCCUGUUGUACCACCUCCUCGCAGCAGAGGUCGACCUCCACGUAAGAAGCGUGGCCCAAAACGCAGACUCAGUGAGGAGCCUGGAGAUGGUCUGCCAUCGUUGCCGCACUCCGCAAGACUGAGUGAUCCCGCACCAGUCCGACAACAGUUUUUCAGUGAGAGCAGUGAAGACGAAGAUGAAGAGGAAGAUGAUGAUGAUGAUGAAGAUGAGUUAAGGACUCGUUCCCCACCUGUCCUCACCAAGCCUACACUAGGGCUUAAAUGCAAGUCUCAGAAGUCUUUACGGAAGCGACGUGCACGUCAGCACGGCCAUCACCACAGCAGUGUAGUGACGGAGACCAUUUCAGAGACCACUGAAGUUCUGGAUGAGUCAUUUGUGGAUUCAGAUUCCGAAAGGCCCAUGCCCAGACUAGUGGAAGAAACUCCAUUUGGCAACCCUCUUCGUCGUUACACAGCAGCCCGCAAACACAUGGGCCCUACCCCUAAGAGCAUCAGUGGAGCCAAUCUUACUGAAUCUGAAGAUGAUGAUCCCACUCCUGUGUUAAAGCCAGUUGCUGGAUUAAGAAGACCUGAACCUUCAGAGACCACGCAAAGAACAGGAACAACAGCUGACAUGCCUGAGGUCCCAAUAAAGAAAAAGAAAGGUUGGCCUAAGGGCAAGAGUCGCAAACCACUCCAUUGGAAGCAGCAACCAGGAAGGAAACCUGGUAGUGGAGCCAAUCCGGCAGCUGACUCCAGUCUGGCAGUUCCAUCCUCGGAGAACCCACCACCCCCAAAGAUCAAAAUGAAGCCUGGCAGAAAGCCUCGCAGCUAUUACCUGCAGCGUGCCCAAGAGGAAGCAGCAAAACAGGAAUUUGAGCAAAGCAGAUUAGCUCAGCAGCAGUUAGAUAAUUCAACACUAGAGGACAGGGCCUGCAAAAAGAUAUCAAGGGCCCUUACAUCUGACUUUAACCCUGAGAAGCAGAAAGACUCAGAAGAGGACGAUGAUUUCCUUCAGAGAUUUAGAGAACCAUUAAAACCCAAAAGGCGAGGCCGACCUCCAAAAAAUGCCAACCUCCCUCCUCCUGUAACCAAACCUCCCCCUUUGUCUGAGCCAGAAGAGGAAGACGAGGAUGAAGACCAACCAUGGGCAGUGGAGAAGACUAGCCGCCCACCUUCUAUCACCAUGUCCCAGUCUUCCAGCACAAGGGUCCCUCCUGCAAGAGCUACCACAGACAUGGCAGAUGCAGAGGAGGAUGAAGAGCGGGAUGAUGAAGGUUGUAAUAACAGGGCUAGUCGGAGAACAGCAACAACACCAGGCUCAGGAAGCAGGCGCAGUGAUGAUCACGAUGCCGAUGAUGAAGGGGAUGGGCGUCUUGAAGAGAAAAGUGACAGUGGCAGUUGCACUAAGAGGAGAAAGGGGCAAGAGUCUGAUGAUGAGGAGGAGGAGCAAGAGGAUGAGGAAGAGGAGGAACCAUCAUCGCCUGUACACUCUCCCCCUGUGAAAGAAGAACCACAGAGCAGUGAAGGUUUUUUAGGAAUGCAGGAGAAUGUGGAACGGGAUUUUGUCAACAAACAGGAAGAGGGGGAGGACGAGGAAGAGGAUGCAGAGGAGGUACAGGAGGUGAAGACUAGCUCUGUAGAUACUCAGGAUGAACGGCGACGACGUGAACAGGAGGAAUCUGCAGCAGCUGCUGCAGCCGUAGAGACUGUAACUGCCAUCACUGUCCCUUCAGAGCCAAUGGACAUGCAACCUCUAAAUGUUGAGGAUAAGGCCGUGCUCUUGAUGGGAACCGAACACUCACAUCAACACCCUGAUUUUAAAGAUGACCUUAGUCACCACCAACACACACAUCACCACAGUAGUGAGCUGGAUCUGGAAACCGUUCAGGCUGUUCAGUCACUUACACAGGGUGAGGCCCAAGAGGAGGAGGCAGAGUCCCAUGGAGCUUACCAGGACUGUGAGGAGACACUAGCUGCAUGUCGUACCCUUCAAAGCUAUAGUCAUGGUGAAGGAGAGGAGGAAACCCUAGCCCUGGUAGAAGAGUGUGGAGCCUCCCAGCAUAGUCCAAUGCCCAACCCACCAAUGCCCACAUUACCAAAUCAGUCUGUGCGCUCAGUCAACAGCCCUGGAAUGGCUCCUGGUCCUAUGGAGACUGGACCAGGAGUGCCCACGGGAACUGCAGGGAGCACAGGUGGAGGGUAUACUCAGAUAACACCAGAGCAUCCCAGCUCACUGUCAGCUCCCUCACUGCAAAACAUGGAGACCUCCCCCAUGAUGGACGUGCCAUCGGUUUCUGAUCAUUCACAGCAGGUGGUGGACAGUGGCUUUAGUGACUUAGGCAGCAUUGAAAGCACUACAGAAAACUAUGACAAUCCAAGCAGCUAUGACUCAACUAUGGGUGGUGGAGGUAACGGAGGAGGAAAUGGAAGUAGUGGAGGUGGCAUGUCUGCAGCUGCUGCAGCAGCAGCAGUGGCUGCUUCCUCUGCUUCAUCGUCUUCAUCCUCUACUUCAGCCACACCGUCAUCAUCAGCUUCACAAGGCAACAGUUGCUCAUUUGUCUCAACUCCUGGAAUGACAUCGUCAAACACAGUUGUUGGCUCUCAGAUCGGCAUGGGAAGCUGUAGCCUUAUCCAGCAAGCAGGUUCUGGGCCUACCAAUGGACCUGGUUCUAACGGUGGUAAUGGCGUCCCACAACCUCCGCCCCCACCCCCUCCCUCUUCUGCCAAUACCCCAAGUUGUGGUAUUAAGUCUCCACAAGGGUGCCCUAUUGAAAGGCCACCAAGCGCAAGCCAGCAACAGCAGAAGAAGGUCUCUCAGCCUCCUCAACAACAGCAAAACCCCCAACCGCAGCCUCCACCCUCUGCUCCUCCACCCCCUCCACCUCAACAACAAGCCCUCUCCCAGUGUAGCAUGGGAAAUGGCUUUGCUUCCACACCAAUGAUCAUGGAGAUCCCUGAAAGUGCAGGUAGCGGCGGUGGUGGGCGGAGUUUGUAUGACCGUAUGGGCCAGGACUUUGGUGCAGGUGGCUACGGCCAGCCCUCUGCUACUUUCAGUUUGGCCAAACUCCAGCAAUUAACUAACACCAUUAUGGAGCCUCACGCCAUGUCUUACUCUCAUUCUGCGGCAGUCACCUCAUAUGCUACAAGUGUUUCUCUCUCCAACCCAGGCUUGGCACAACUUACGUCAUCCCCACACCCACCUUUGCCACAGGCACAGCCCACUAUGACCCCACCUCCCAAUUUGAGUUCUGGCUCUAUGAACCUUGGCUCUCCCUUGAUUCAGUGCAACAUGACUGGUCCUAACAUCGGACUACCUCCCCCACCCCAUACACAGCGGUUGCAAGGCCAAAUGGCCACAGUGAAAGGCCAAAUUGCAAUCCGGUCCAAAGCCUCUCAAAUUCAAGUGGGCUCCCCUCACCAGCAGCAAUUGUACAGUCGAAGCUCUGGUGCCGUGACCAUGCAAGGUUCCCCACGCACUCUAGCAGUGCAGCGUGGCAUGAUGACCAACCUCAUGCCCACGCCUGCUGCUUACAACUCUAUGAACAUGAAUUCACUCAAUGCUGCCAUGUCAGCUGGUUAUCGCAUGCCACAGACCAUGAUGAACAGUGGGUACCACAGUAACUCACCCUAUAUGAACCAGCCGGCCCAGUACCCCAUGCAGAUGCAAAUGGGCAUGAUGGGAGGGCAGGCCUACCCGCAGCAGCCUAUGCAGCCCAAUCACCAUGGUAACAUGAUGUACACGGGCCCCUCGCACCACAGCUACGCUGGCGUCCCCAAACAGUCGCCUUACAUGAGCAGAUGAGCACUAGAGAACAAGCAGAGAGAGAGAGAAAAAAGCUGAGAGAUGUUUCCACUGAACUCUACAUCUCUGUACUUUAUUCAUUUGUAUCCACCCUCCAAAGUCAGGGCGAAAGGCUAAGAGACAGGCGAGCUUGGUGGAGGAAGAGGACAUAGAGACUGCGACAAUUUCUUUCUACUUUAUAAACAUGUUGUCGUCAAGCUCUCUGUUCCUUUAUGUUCAUUUCCCAAAUGCCUAAGCUAACUGAGCUGGGGAGAUAAUGAGAGAUGAUCUGGGCUGAUCACGGGAGAUGAUCUAAUGGACCUUUUGUGGCUAGUAUCAUGCUCCCAGAGAUUGGCCCCGUCUACAGUGGAUGUAUCAACAGGGGUUGGUCCUCCAAAGCGUCCACCACUCCAUCCGUGAUGAAGCAUCAAAGCAGCUACAGGGGAAGUGGACCUUAUCUUUCAAACUGAGAAACAAAUACAUUUAAAUUGUUAAUGAAUAUACAUUGAAUCAUGCACACAAUCGUUCAAUUGACAUAGGAAGCCUUACCUAAAAAGAAACAAAAUAAUUGUAGAUGGACUAUUUUUGUUUUCUUUUUUAUUAUAUUAUUAUUAUUUACUUUAUUUUUUAAUGUUCUUUUGUUAUUUGGAUGACUUUUGAAAUGGGUGUGUUUCAGUCUGACCUUCUCAUGCUUUGUGUGUGUGGCUGUUCUGGACAAAGUGACUCGCACUCGCUCGCUUACACACUUACUCGAAUACAUUCACUCACACUCUGAGCUCUGUAGCCACAUGAAAGCAUAUGCGGAGGCACUUGAAAUAGGAUCCUUGUUGAGACACGCAAGGUGUCCAAGGUAUCAGUAAAUCCGUGUCUUCCUAGUAUGGAACAGGGGGGGUGUAUAUCCAAACUUCACAGUGGACAGAACCCAAAAUUAAGUUACAAGGUGGUUUUGUUUGUAGUCUAAUAAUGAGACCAAGCUAAAUUUUAAAAAUGAUGGGCUGGACCGAGCAGAAUUUCAAUUAACUGAUGUAAAUAUUCUGGUACUACCUGGUUCACAGACCUGUAAAAUCCCACACAGUUUCACGAACACUCCACGGAUAUCACUAGAGGGCGCAGCGGUCUAAUCGAGGGAAUAAAUAGUGCACUAACAGCAACUAUGACUGUUAGCAUUGUAACUGUGCCCAUCCAGUGGGCAGCGGGUUAAUGAUGCCUCCUAAACUAGCCAGUAAGCAGCGCUCGUACUCCAGCUGAUCUUACAGUUGUGAUGUUAGCAACACAACACACGCGAGAGAGUUAUACAAACAAGAACAUCCAUGUCUGCAAUGCACGCAUGGACAAACGAACACUCAUAUUCCGGAUAAAGGUUAAAGUGCAUGAUGUCCUGAGAUGGUUACUGUUUUAGGACAACGAGCGGAGAAUUUCUUAAUGUUCCAGUAUUCAUAGUCAAUAUGAGGAAUCUUUCUCAAAGACCUGGCGUUUCAUAUAUUAUUUGUGCGCUUUUGUUUUUCUGAAUUUUAUCAGACUGGGCAGCUUUCUUUUAUGACACAAGCUGACUCUUUUUGAAUUUAGAAGACUUAUUGUAGAGAAAAUGUUUUUUCUAAAAUAUAAAAAAUGGAAAAAUUCUGACAUGGAUAUUGGUACUGUCAUUUUUUUCACUUCUGUUUCAGGAUAAAAAAAUCAAUGCAUAUUUUUUAGCUCAACUCUUGGGGUAAUAUUAUUAAGAAAUUCAAAACUAAAAAAAAUACAACUCACUUUUAGUGACUUUAAGAUGCCUUUAACCUUUCCAUUCCAUCUCAUCUCUAGAGUUUUCUAUCUUUGUGUAGUAUAUUAAUGCUAUUUUAAAACGAAAGGAAAAAACAGAUAUCUAAAGGUCACUUAGCGUUAUUUUCUUUUGUUUUUCUUGGUUAUUGUGUGUGUAUAGGACAACUUCCUUACAUCUACGAGGCAUGUAAAAAUGAGCUCAGUAUAUUUCUGUCUGUUUAUAUUGCUUACCUUUUCGUAUCCUUUGUAAUUGUACAUGGUGAGUUGUAAGCUAAAAGAGAGCCUGGUAGCUGGAGAAAGAGAGGUAGCCAAGCUGGGGCGCUCGGUGAUGGUCGCAAGCGUCCACCUUCCACUCCUCUCUGUUUUGUCCCUGUAUGUAUUUCCAUUUAUUCGUUUCUUUCUUUUUUCUUAGCAAGUACUUUCAAAGAACUCUGUACAUUUUAACAUGAAACAAAAAUAAAUUAUGUUGAGCCAU